AUGGCACCCAACGGCCUAGCGAUCUUGAUUGGUGCUGGUCCAACAACAGGAGCCGGCAUUGCCCGUGUUUUGACUCGCGAUGGAAACCUCGCUGUUGCCCUUCUAGCAAGGCGACCAGAGCCCCUGAACGAUCUUGUCAAGACUUUGCGGACUCAAACCCCUGGAGCUGUGAUUGAAGCUUUUCCAACCGAUACCAACCCGGACAACUUGAGGAAGGCUUUCGCAGACAUCAAAAAGAAUGAGAGCUUCGCAGGCCUGAAGCUCAAAGUUGCUAUAUACUCCAUCAAGAGCAGCAGCAAGAAGCCCUUCAUGGAAGAAACCUUUGAAGAUUUCAUGGAGCCACUGGAAUCCUACGUGGGUGGGGCGAUGGUCUUCUCGCAAGAAGCCAUCAAGCGGUUCUUUGAAGAUCAUGGGGAGAAGAGUCUUGCAGAAGGUGGCGAGAAGAAGGGUACUCUUCUCUUUACCGGCACGCUCGGUGCACUUCGAUGCAAUGCCGAGUUUGGGAGCUAUGGAGCCUCGAGAAGUAGUGUUCGACAGUUGGCGCAGGCUCUUGCGAGAGAGAUGAGUAGUAAAGGUAUUCAUGUGGCUCAUGCUAUUGCGAAUGGACGGAUUUCCGAUGCGGACUCUGAGGAAACGAAGUCUGGGAAACAUAUUGCGGCAGAAGCUGUGGGUCAGACAUAUCUAUGGCUUGCCAACCAACAUCCAACUCUAUGGACACAUGAGCUCGAUCUGCGCCCAGCACAGGAGAAGUUCUAG